GUCGUGUCGGGAUUGGAAUGUAACAGAGUAACAAUCGGAACAACUGAGCAAAUAGGUGUUUGGACUCGCGGAUCAAGGAACUCAGUUGAUUUUAUUCGCGGAGGAAACAUCCUGUGAAACUCGCCCGUUUUUUUCUUCGCUAAACGCGAAACGUCGCUUUCCAGAGCCGGUGUCCUGGUGAAGAGGAAAUCCACUUCUUGCGUGUGUGAAGGUCCACGGAGAGCGCAGGAAUAAGAGAAAUGCAGGGAUUCGUGAGGUUACGGUGAUCUGUCCCGUGUGUGUGUGUGUGUUAUUGUUUCGGAGGUGAAUGCAUGGAGUUACGCUUUAGUUCAGCCUGGACGUGUGGUUUGGAAACGCAAAGCAUCGGAGAUAAACCUCGGUCGUUGCAUUAUUAUUUACGACUUUGCAUGUUUUCCAACGGGACCCCCUGUCCUCCAAAGACCCCGUGAGUCAGUGCCGCUGCAACUCUCCCGUGCGACUCGUUUCGUUGCGUUUUUAUUUUAAUCCUCCGCGGGAAAACUAAAUCAGCGAGUAUUUAUACCUGAUUAUGUGUUUCUAAUGAUCAAAACCGGUGCGUUUGCUGGAGGUAAUGGCUGCACUGUGAAAUGUCGCUAGUAUUAGACAGACGAGGGAGAUCGAGGAGCCCGAUGUAAAAUCGCCCACAUGCGCUUGAUCAAUCGCUUGCUAUUUGCUGAUCGGAAUCUGAAGAGUUGUAAAUCCUCGCAGGCUGGAAGAUGGCGGAGCGGUACUAUAGCUGGAGGAGGUGGUGCGGCUGCUUCUGCUGAGAUACAAACUUGAAAUUUAUUUGCGAACACCGCGAUCUGGACACAUGCAGGCCAAAAAACGAUAUCUGAUCUCGCUCUUGACUGGCGCCUUUCUAGUUUUGCUCUUUUACUUCGGAGGAGGGGCGGUCCCGGGUCCGGCGGCCACGGGGUCCAGGAGCCGACAUGGAUAUAAUCGUCCUGAUCAACCGUGGCCGCACUUUUCCGAUCCCUUACAACACUUUAUCCCGUGGGACCAUUCGGACACGGAGGGAUAUAACGUGCAUAUAUCGCCCAGGCAGAAGAGAGACGUUAACUCGAGCGUUUACAAGGGCAAACGGUGCCGCAUGCAAUCAUGCUUCGACUUCACUUUAUGUCAAAGGAACGGAUUCAAAGUCUACGUGUAUCCGCAGCAGAAGGGCGAGAAGAUCUCGGAAAGUUACCAGAACAUUUUAUCCACCAUCGAGGGCUCUAGGUUUUACACUUCUGACCCUGGUCAAGCGUGUUUGUUCGUCCUGAGCUUGGACACUCUUGAUCGAGACCAAUUAUCACCACAGUACGUGCACAAUCUCAAAACCAAGGUGCAGAGCUUGCCUCUUUGGAACAAUGGUAGAAAUCACCUCAUAUUUAAUUUGUAUUCCGGCACAUGGCCUGACUAUACGGAAGACUUGGGCUUUGACAUUGGUCAGGCCAUGCUGGCCAAAGCAAGCAUCAGUAUGGAGAACUUCAGACCUAACUUUGACAUAUCCAUCCCGUUAUUCUCCAAGGAUCACCCAAGGACCGGAGGGGACAGGGGGUACUUGAAAUACAACACCAUUCCACCUUUUAGAAAGUAUAUGUUGGUAUUUAAAGGGAAACGCUAUUUGACCGGCAUCGGCUCGGACACGAGGAAUGCCUUACAUCAUGUUCAUAACGCGGAGGAUGUAGUCCUUCUCACCACCUGCAAACAUGGCAAAGACUGGCAGAAACACAAGGACGCGCGAUGUGACCAGGACAACGCCGAGUAUGACAAGUAUGACUACCGUGAAAUGCUGCACAACUCCACCUUCUGUCUGGUUCCACGAGGACGACGACUGGGAUCUUUCCGCUUCCUGGAGGCUCUGCAGGCGGCCUGUGUGCCGGUCAUGCUGAGUAACGGUUGGGAACUCCCCUUCUCGGAGGUCAUCGACUGGAACAGGGCGGCUGUGAUCGGGGACGAGAGGCUCUUACUGCAGAUCCCGUCCACGGUUCGCUCCAUUCAUCAGGAUAAGAUCCUGGCUCUGCGACAGCAAACGCAGUUCUUGUGGGAGGCGUAUUUCUCUUCUGUGGAGAAGAUCGUGCUCAGCACUCUAGAAGGAUUAAGCCAAGUCCGAAGUUCACCGCUGUUAUCCAUGCAGUCACGCCGCUGGUCUCCCAGUCUCAGCCCAUUCUCAAGCUACUGGUCUCAGUGGCCAGAUCCCAGUACUGCGCUCAGAUUAUUGUGUUGUGGAACUGUGACAAGCCUUUGCCUGCCAAGCAUCGAUGGCCGGCCACGUCAGUGCCCAUUAUUGUCAUUGAAGGAGAGAACAAGGUCAUGAGCAGCCGCUUCCAGCCGUAUGAAAGCAUCAUCAGUGACGCGGUGUUCAGUCUGGAUGAGGACACGGUGUUGUCCACCACUGAGGUGGACUUCGCCUUCACGGUGUGGCAGAGUUUCCCAGAGAGGAUUGUGGGAUAUCCGGCCCGAAGUCAUUUCUGGGACAAUAAUAAGGAGCGCUGGGGUUACACCUCCAAAUGGACCAAUGAUUAUUCCAUGGUUCUCACCGGAGCUGCCAUUUACCACAGAUAUUACCACUUCCUGUACACACACCUUCUGCCCACGAGCCUGAAGAGCAUGGUGGACCAGCUGGCCAACUGUGAGGAUCUCCUCAUGAACUUCCUCGUGUCCGCCGUUUCCAAGCUGCCGCCCAUCAAGGUCACUCAGAAGAAGCAGUACAAGGAGACCAUGAUGGGUCAGUCAUCUCGAGCCUCGCGCUGGGCCGACCCGGACCACUUCGCCCAGCGCCAGACCUGCAUGAACAAGUUCGCCAGCUGGUUUGGCGGCAUGCCACUGGUCCACUCCCAAAUGAGACUGGACCCGGUUCUGUUCAAGGACCAGGUCUCCAUCCUCCGCAAGAAAUACAGGGAGAUCGAGCGGCUCUGACCCGACUGGCGGCCCUCGAUGGACAUUCACCAGGGGGCCGCGAGAGACUCUCCGGAGCCCACAGGUCCACUUUCCCUUCAGCACACGAGCAAAGGACACACACUGCAGGACGACACCCACACCUGACACGCUUCCAACUCCUGCCAGGGUUUGGGUCUGUUUCAGGGUCGACGAACUGAUGUUUCCCAGCACACGAGCGACGACAGGAGGGAUGCAUCAUCGCGUUAGCACUUCCAAACCAACACGCAUCUGGAUACAUCUCCCAAUCCGUUUGUUUUCCCAGGUUUUGGAGUAAAGUGAGUUGUGCAAGUGAGCUUUAUUUACACGUUUUUGAGGUGUUGCACUGCAAAAAAAAAGUCGCUUUACAGCACAAAUAUCUAGAAAUUCUUAAAUCAAGAUGCAUUCACUUGAGAAGCAACAUGACUUAAAAUAAUAAAGGUGAGUUUGUGCUUAAAAGAAGUCAGAAAUCCUUAUUUAUAGGGAAACCAAGGUGAUGUUUUAAGCACUUCAUUUUACUUAUUUGAAGUCAUGUUGAUUCUCAAGGAAAUUUGAGUUUGUGCUUAAAACAAGAAUAAAUAUGUCAAUGGAGUCAGAAAAAUCAUUGCUUUUCCUGUGAAUGAGGAUUGUUUCUGACUACACUCAUGUGUUCUUGUUUUAAGCACUUAAUUCAUUUUCACGAUUGAUUUUUGACUUAAAGGGUUAGUUCACCCAAAAAUGAAAAUUAAGUCAUUAAUUACUCACCCCCAUGC